GUUCUGAGUUGGUUUCUUCCGAGGUUUUGUUCGGAACCUUCAACACCAGGAAGUGAAGGGCGGUGGUUGAGAAACGAAGUAGCACCUUAUUAGCCUUAAAGUUAUCUGGUUUUGUGAGAAAAAAGCGCCAAAAUGUCUAGCAAAAGGGCAAAGGGAAAGACCACCAAGAAGCGCCCUCAGCGCGCCACCUCCAAUGUCUUCGCCAUGUUUGACCAGUCUCAGAUUCAGGAGUUCAAGGAGGCCUUCAACAUGAUCGAUCAGAACCGAGACGGGUUUAUCGACAAAGAGGAUCUUCAUGACAUGCUUGCUUCACUGGGUAAAAAUCCAACAGAGGACUACCUGGACGCCAUGAUGAAUGAAGCUCCUGGACCAAUCAACUUCACCAUGUUCCUCACCAUGUUUGGAGAGAAGCUCAAUGGCACAGACCCCGAGGAUGUGAUCAGGAAUGCUUUUGCCUGCUUUGAUGAGGAGGGGACAGGUUUCAUUCAUGAGGAUUACCUCCGAGAACUGCUCACAACAAUGGGUGACCGCUUUACAGAUGAGGAGGUAGAUGAGCUCUACCGGGAGGCUCCCAUUGACAAGAAGAGUAACUUCAACUACGUGGAGUUCACGCGCAUCUUGAAGCACGGUGCCAGGGAAAAGGAUGAUUAAAGAGCCAAACCAGAUUGUUCCUCUGCCUCACCCCCUUACCCACACACCGCCUCUCCACCAUCAGCUAGAUCAUCGUGCUGCAUGUCUGUCUGAAUUUUCCUGUAAAGACCCUGUUUAAAACAAACCAAAGCAGUAAAUAUCCUCUUUGCUGUGAACUUGCAGUUUUGCCAAACGAGUUCUUAAAAUGUCAUGUUAAGAUGUGAAACAGGACUUAAGAAGCUUCAGGGGACACGACUUUGCAGUUCAUGUGAGCAUUUUUAGCUGAACUUUUACAUUUUAUAAUCUUUUUAAAUAAAGCCCUCUAUUAAACUGUA